UUGCCCUUGAUUAUAGCGACUGAAUAGCCUCCGUUUGACCUGCUGUUAGGAGCUAGGUAUUUUAACAUGGUUGUGUUUUUCCCUUGUUGUUUUUAGCGCAUGAUACGAGUAUGAUAAUGGGGUGUUUGCGCUGAAAGGGCCAAGGGCCAAGGGGGGGUUGGUGCCACCCCUCACUAUCUCGUUGCCGCCUGGGAUCACACGCAGUUGGGGAUAUCUUCUUGUUUUCUCUAGUUUUCUCUUCCAUUCUUCCCUUACUCUUUGCCUGCCACACCGUUUCUUUCUUGUUCCGCGAGUCGGUUCAUUCAUAGAAACACCGUUAUUUCUCUAUUCUUUUCUAUACAAAGACAUUCGAUUGCGCAUCAUCCUCAUACAUGAUAUAGACACCCAAACCACCAGAGAGAAAAAAAAGUUGACCUCAUCGCCACGCGGCUACCAGCGGACACACGACAAACCAGCACCGCGGCUUCUCAGCCCUCCAAUGGCGCCGCCCUCGAGGAAUCCCACCACAUGGGACGAGUACGACGGCCUGGCAUCGCCCUCAGGCAGCGUUUCAUCAAACCCUUUCGCAGAGGAACGGCCGCUGCUCGACGAUGACGACGCUGACGAUGGUGGCGCGCAUCCUGCUGCUCGACACAUUGAGCGCAGACGGUCCUCCGUCACAGACCGUCUUGCCGCCAUGGCAGAUGUUGGCGGCGUCAACAGCUUCAGGUCCUUUGCCCGCAGUUGGCAGCGCGCCGCCGCGUUCCCAGAGGUCCUUCCUCGGCGCCCGAGCUUUGUCUUUGCGGCCGAUCAGCAGAUGGACGGCGAGGAGAUCGAGUACACGACAAGCCACGAUGACCGCGACGAUGGUGGGUUUGGGCGGCGCUCGGAGGCGUCGCCGCGGGUGGGCAGUCCCUUUGCUGGUGCUGGCUCGAGCAACAAUAUCGUAGAUUCGCAUGGCAGGGAGCGCGAGGGCAAGCAGAAUGUCGACGUGGAAAUGGCGAGCGGUGCGCUGCCGGCGACUUUUUCUAGCCAUUCGAGCAUAUUUGGAUCGUCACCUUACUUGGCUACGCCCAGCAUCAUUGGUAGCUAUGGCUCAUAUCGCAGUUAUGGUACAAUUGGUGGCCCGUCGCUUAUUCGACAUCGACCGUCCGUUAUUCGAAUAGCGCCAGGCCAGACGGAGGAGGAAGCGGCCCAAGAAGAAGAUGCUGCCUAUGGCGAGGAGCAGCCCAUCUUGGUCAAGGAGGUGAAGCAAGGAAACAAGGUUGUUCUGACUAUCGAUGGCCAGAGCACCUUACCUCAAUCCAUCUUUAAUUCCAUCAAUGCCAUCAUUGGCGUUGGACUCCUCAGUUUACCGCUGGCCUUUAAGAUGAGCGGCUGGGUCCUCGGCCUUGUCAUUCUCACAGUGACUGCGGCUGUCACAGGGCACACGGCCAAUUUGCUGGCCAAGUGCAUGGAUUACGAUGCCAGCCUCAUUACCUACUCUGACUUGGCAUAUGUUUCGUUUGGUACCAGAGCUCGUAUCAUUGUAUCAGCCUUGUUUACCAUUGAGCUCAUUGCGGCUUGUGUUGCUCUCAUCAUCUUGUUCUCCGACUCGCUUGCCCUGCUGCUUCCCGGCCUGGCAAGUGUAGAAGUGUGGAAGUGCAUCUGCGCCGCCAUAACUCUUAUUCUCAACGCUCUGCCUCUACGCUGGCUGAGCUAUACUAGCAUCAUUGGCAUCUUUUCUACCUUUUGCAUCGUGUGCGUUGUCAUUGCUGAUGGCCUCAUCAAGCCGGAUGCCCCUGGCUCCUUGUGGGAACCUGCUGCUACACACCUCUUCCCUACGAACUGGUUGGCACUGCCUCUGGCAUAUGGCCUCAUGCUCAGCCCAUGGGGAGCUCACUCCGUAUUUCCUUCGAUUUAUCGAGAUAUGCGCCACCCUCACAAAUGGGGCAAAGGCGUUGCCGUCACAUUUUCGUUUUCCUACGUUCUAGACACCUGUCUCGCCAUCGUCGGCAUGCUCAUGUUCGGCGACGGCAUCGGUGAGGCCAUCACCAACAACAUCAUCAGGAGCUCCAGCUUCCCCAAAGGCCUCACCAUCUUCAUGUGCAUCUGCGUCACCAUCAUUCCCCUGACUAAACUCCCGCUCAACGCUCGCCCCCUCAUCACCACCGCCGACGUCCUCUGCGGGCUUCACCACCACCACCUUCAUCAUCAUCAUCACACCUCCAACGGUACCGAAGAUUGGAAACCUGCCUUCAUUAGGUCUUGUCAAAGGACCCUCGUGCGUGUUGUAGUCGUCCUCAUCUUGCUCGGCAUAUCCAUCCUCUUUCCGGCGUUUGAUUCCGUCUGCGCAUUCCUUGGUGCGGCGCUGUGCUCGCUCAUCUCUAUCAUCUUGCCCAUCUCGUUUUACCUCAAGCUUUACGCAAAGGACGUAAAGGCGAGGGAAAGUCUUGUGCUGUACUGCUUGUUGGUGGUGUUUGGUGUGUUUGGCCUCAUUGGCACAGUGUUUACGUUUUUGCCAAAGGAGCUUAUUGGCGCUUGAACCAGAAUUGUUUUGCGUUUGUUUUAUAUAUAUAUCCAUCCAUGGCGUGGUAUAUGUUGUUUUUUUUACAUGGGUUUAUGGCAUCUAGCAUUUUCUGGGCAUUUACGAUACAAUUCCUUUUUCUUUUAUCUUCUCAAAAGGAAUUGCUCAUCUAGGUUGUUCGAAAUGUUUCAAGCGUGU